AUGUCAUCAGCGUCUGAUAGUCAGAACCAAACGAUGAGCUUCAGAAAUCACUCGCCAGUAUGUUCUUUCUCCUCGUCAUCUGUUUCAACUUCGCCUCCCUCAAGCUUUCGAAAAACCUUAAAACCCUCUGUCCAAAUCAAACCUAUGCACGGCGGAGCAACCUCCACCUCCCAGUGGCCGUCUCGGUCGAAGCCUACCACAACACCCACAAAACCUCCUUCUAAAACUCCUCAACCAAAACCUAAAGCUACCCCAAAGCUAAAGCUCAAAACCCUUUCAAAGCCGAGGCAGGGUUCGUCAUCUACGGCUACCAAUAAGCCAUACACCAAGCCUGCCCCACCACCAUUCAUUCCUAAUAUAACUCUAGUGGGUGCAACGCAUGACCCCAUUCCAACCUACCUUCAUAAUGCACCAUCACCAGCCGUGUGUCCACCCCCUCCACUUUCAAUCCAACCCUUGGCCACCAUCUACCCAGUUGAUACAGACGCGUCCAGCCAACCACCACGUUCACCCAUCGUCAUCUCAUCCCCUGGGUCGCCUCAUACCCCAUCAGGCACCCCCUCCAUUUACUCCAUCUAG